AUGACCUACCCCCAAUCCACAUCCUCCGCAUCCCCAGGUCCAUCAAACUCAAACCAAGACUCCUAUUCUUUGAACCACACCACAACCACAAAACCCAGCACAACACUUCCUACCAACGGAAACACGACUGAAAGAGAUGAAGAAAAUACACGACAACAAGAAGCCCUAGCUGCAUUCACAGCAACAUUACACAGCGUUGGAACAAACCUCGAAGCACCUCUUCGCGAACGCGCAACAAUCAUCAACUCGAACGCGGUAUCGCUGGAACGGCAAGAGGCGGAGUUAGCGGGGCAUAGUGCGAAACUGGCGAAACAGAAUGAAGGAUGGGAGAAAAUGGCGGAUGAGACUAGGGCGGAGUUAAAGGAGAUUGGGGAUGUGCAGAAUUGGGCGGAGGUUCUUGAGAGGGAUUUGUUAGUGUUGGAGAGUAUGAUGGAUGAUGUUGAGGGAUUUGGGAGUCAUGAUGAGGAUGAGGAGGAUCAUCAUGAGAUGAGGGUUGAUGAGAUGGAUUUUGAUCAUGAGGUGAUUGAUCAGAAUGGAGAUGUGGAUUUCUUGAUGAAUGGGAAUGGAAAUGGUAACGGUAAUAAGGAUCAUGAUGAUGGCAAGAAGAAGCGGUGGAGUUGGUUUUUUUGGUGGUGA